AUGGUUAUUGAUCUGAUGUUUAUUGAUCUGUUUCAGGUGGUAGACGGCCACUGGAAGCCCUUCCUGGUGAAGCCGUUCCCCUCUCAACUGAUGAAGCCUCUGUUGGUGUUCGUCAACCCGAAGAGCGGGGGCAACCAGGGAGCGAAGAUCAUCCAGUCCUUCAUGUGGUACCUGAACCCCCGGCAGGUGUUCGAUCUGACCAAGGGGGGUCCCAGAGAGGGAUUGGAGCUUUACGCCAGGGUGCCCAACCUGAGGGUCCUGGCCUGUGGGGGGGACGGCACGGUGGGGUGGAUCUUGUCGGUGUUGGAGGACCUGAAGUUGAGUCCUCAGCCUCCGGUGAGCAUCCUGCCUCUGGGGACCGGAAACGACCUCGCCAGGACGCUCAACUGGGGAGGGGUGAGUUCAACUGGGGAGGGCUCUCUAACGUCAUCGGCCAGCUCCACAGCCUCCUCUCAGAGCGGCGGUCUGGGAGCAAACCGCAAGAAGAGCGUCCCUCUCUCCAUCCGGAACCUGAAGAGGAAGCACAAGAAGAAGAGGACCAAGUUCUCCCGCGAGUUCAAGCCUGGUGACCGGGUUGCAGUGGAAGUUGUAUCAACCAAGACCACGUCUGAUGUGAUGUGGAAGGACGGGCGAUUGGAGAAAAGGAUCAGAUCAAACGAGCUCAUCCCCAUCCAGCACCUCGACAGCCACGAGUUUUGUCCCGGGGACUUCGUAGUCGACAAAAGACCCCAAGCCCUCCAGGACCCGGGGGUGUACGGUGUGAUCCAGUCCGGUGAUCACAAAGGCAGAACAUGUGUCGUCAAGUGGAUCAAACUCAACUCCAGCAGCGACGACGUGGAGGUUUUUGGUAUGGAGGAGGAUGUCAGUGUGUACGACAUCACAGAUCAUCCAGAUUUCCAUUUCCGCACCACAGACAUCGUCAUCAGAAUAUGGAACUCGGAGAACGGAAACAACGACUGUGAGAAUGAGACGUCGGUGGGCCAGGUGUCCCGGGUGGAUGUGAGCAGCAAGGUGGAGGUGGUGUGGGCGGAUAACUCCAUGACCAUCGUCCUGCCACAGCACCUCUACAACGUGGAGUCUGAGAUCGAGGAGACGGAUUACGACUCGGUGGAGGAGACGAGCAGCGUGCUGUCCACUGAGGAGUGGGAGGACGAGAGCGACAGCUGGGAGACGGACAACGGCCUCACCACGGAGGACGACAGCCACAUCCACAACACAGACGCCACCGACACAGUGACCCCCACCCCCACCCCCACCGGAUCCUCAAUGUUCAUCAUCCCCCCUCUAGAGGGAGGCAAAGCUGGGGUCACCAGCCCCUCUAAAGGGGCCACUGGAGAGGAGGGGGAGGCGUCUGUAGCUGCUGCGAGCCCUGCUUCUGCUGGAGGAACCACUCCAGGAGCUGUGAACGGAGCAGAGAAGCCCGGUAAAGAGGGUUCCUCUCGGGGCUUCAGGGAGCUGAAGGAGGCGCUGAAGAUCCUGGAGAGCCUGAAGAACAUGACUGUGGAGCAGCUCUGGACCGGAGGGUCUCCCACCUCCCCGACCUCCGCUGAACCCGCCUCCACCACCAGCGUAGCAAGCUCAGUGACGCCCACCGUACCAGAGAAGCCGACCAAGGAGAAACGUUUCCUGGACGACAUCAAGAAGCUGCAGGAGAACCUGAGGAAGACGCUGGACAACGUCGCCAUCGUGGAGGAGGAGAAGAUGGAGGCUGUGGUGGAGGCAGGGGGCGCUGGAGCAGCGACAGAGGUAGAGCGAGCGGGAGAGGAGAAGCCUCAGCAGGACCCUCAGACCCCGGUGGGAGGAGGGGAGUGGCCCAGCGAAUUUCUCAGUGACACCCCGGUACUGUGCCAGCAGAGCGGAGGGAAGCCCGGCGUCACCUUCACCAGCGCCAGGGGGGAGGUGUUCUCUGUGCUGGAGUGGGCCCCAGACACACAAUCGUUUUAUAAAAUGGAGUUUCAGCCAGCAGAGGCAAAGAAGUUCUUCAGCACAGUGAGGAAGGAAAUGGCUCUGCUCGCAACGUCCCUGCCGGACGGCAUCAUGGUCAAAACAUUUGAAGAUCGCAUGGACCUGAUCUGGGCUCUGAAACUGUAA